AUGUUAGAGUCCGCGAAGGAUCGUACCAUUGAAGCAGCGGUUUCAGCAUCCUCAAGACUAACUGAUACUCCAAGUGCUCUGAGACCACAAGAAAUAUCUAACUUAUUGAGUUCAAGAACUGAACGAGAAGUUUUGAAUGGUAUGAAAUGUGUGAUCUCAUUAAUAUCGAGGGGAGAGGAUGGUUUACCUUACUUUGCCGAUGUGAUCAAAAAUAUUACGACUUCGAAUAUUAAAAUUAAGAAUUUAGUGUUGAUUUACCUUACGAGAUAUGCUGAUGUUGAACCUGAUACUGCAUUAUUAUCUAUCAAUUCUAUCCAAAAGUCAUUGAACGAUAAGAAUCCAAUCAAUAGAGCAAAAUCAAUUCGUGCAUUAUCAGGAAUCAAAAUAGCCUCGAUUGUACCCAUUGUUAUGUUAUGUAUAAAAAGAACCAUAACUGAUCCAUCACCAUUAGUAAGAAGUGCAACUGCAAUUGCAAUAGGCAAAGUUUUUGAUAUCCAUACAGGUUCGAAGAAACAGCUCAUAGAUUACGUAUCAAGAUUGAUAUCAGACUCAGAUGCACAAGUCGUAUCUUCCACGAUUAAAACAUAUUAUAAGAUAAAGGAUGAACUUGCAAAAUCACAUAAAAUCUGGGAACCAAUUCAUGGAAAUUUCCGUCGUUUAUGCUCUUUGAUGAAUGAUCUAGACGAAUGGAGUCAAUGCUUUUUAAUAGACAUUUUAGUGGAAUAUUCUAGGAAAUUCCUUCCCAAACCAAAGCUUUUCUACAUUGAUGAUAUUCAGAGAGUUAUUGACUUACCAGAUGAUAUUAAAGAUAUUCCCCAAGUAGCAUUCGAAGUUUCAUUUGACGCCGAUUUAGAAUUGUUCUUGAACUCAUUGAGAAUCUUGGUAUAUUCAAGAAACGAUGGUGUUAUACUAAGUGUUGUGAAGGCUUUAUUCUUUUUAACACCUCCAAAAACACUUGUUGAUUUUGAAGCUAACUAUGCUUUAGUUAGAAUUACAAAAUCUAGUUCACCACAAACUGCUUCCUUUGUAUGGCAGCUAAUAACAUACAUUUCUGCAUAUGAUAAAACUAUUUUUGGUCAAUUUUACAAACAAUUUUAUGUUUUCCCUACAGAUUCAGUACUUGUUGCAAAGAGUAAACUUGAGAUAUUAUCAUCACUUACCGACGAAUCGAAUAUAAAGUACAUAUUGGAAGAGUUAAAAUAUUAUGCAUUAAAUUCUAACAAUGUCACAGUAGCAAAGACUGCAAUCAAGACCAUAGGAGCCUGUGCUCAGCUUUCAUCUGAAUGGAAUAAGGUCAUAUUAAACUGGUGUCUAAAACAAAUACAUGCUACUUCAGGUUUAAUUCUAAAUGAAAUCAUUACUGUGGUGAGGUUCUUGCUCCAACAGAAGAAUAGUUUCAAGGAAAACAUAGUGAAUGAACGUGCUGUCAUUAUAAAGACAUGUCAUCGUUUAUCUAAGAUCAUCCAAGAUGAGAAUUUAAAUAUCGCAAGUGAUGCGAAGGGCAGUAUAAUUUGGAUAAUAGGUGAAUUUACAGUGGUUGCGGAAAAUGAAAUAGGACCUGAUGUUUUACGUACAUUAAUCAAAUCAUUCUCAAAGGAGGAAGAAAGUGUAAGAUAUCAAAUAUUAGUAUUGGCAGCUAAGAUAUGUACCUACGAAUUGAAACAAAUCAAGAAUGAAACUGGAGAUUACGAGGACGCUUUCAAUGAUAGAAUGGCGGACAAUAUUAACAUUAAAAUGUUCCAGUACGUUUUACACUUGUCGAAAUACGAUGAUUCAUAUGACACCAGAGAUAGAGCUAGAAUGUUCAACAUAUUAUUGAAU